CCUCUGUGGAAUAUAGACCCCUAUUUUUAGCGCUGCGAGGCCUGUGUAACCCUGGGCUCGGCCACCACCAAUCUACACACUGCACAUGGGGCAGACAUGAGAGAGGGUGUGUUUUUUGUAAGCCAAAAGGAGACGGAGACUAUAUUCAAAAGCGACAAGCAUACAGUCAGAGCAAGAAAAAGAGAGAGGGCACCAAAUGAUUUUCCAACUGUUCAGGUGACACUUGAAAGGAGCUACAGGAUGUUUGAUUGACAGGACAACAAAGUGGAGCACCUGUUGUAUUGGAAGAGUUGGAUACGAGAUGUACUGCAAUCUGAUUUUUGACAUUCACUGGACAUAUUCAUGAUUUAGGAAGACAAGAAACAACAAAAGGUGACUCAACUUCUGGAUAUGCACAGUGCAGAGGUAUUUUAAAAUACCAAUAUAGAAAAGGGACAUUUUCACAGUCCAUAACUUCUGUGAAAAGGCAAAUGUGGAGGACUAACGUACCAAGCUGAUGCAGUUAAGUGAAUGCUAUGCUGUAAUUACAAAGCUAGCUCGAGAAAAACUUUGUAAUUAAGGGCCAAGUAUAAAAAGAAACCAAGGAAGGGUGAGGCCAGUGAGAAAGGAGCCCACAGAGAACACCACUGAAGGAGGCCAGAGUCAGGAGUCUCAUCAGAUUGAACAAGAGCCAUCAUGGACGCUCACGGAGGACACUACCUCAACAAAGAGGCUGUACUGUCACCUUUGGGCUUCGCUCGCAUGAGCCAACUGCUUCUGGGCUGCACCAUUAUAGCCCUGGUGGCCCACAGUGCAGGCUACAGCGCCUCCUAUGGGACCUUCUGCAUGUUUGUGUGGUGCUUUUGCUUUGCAGUGACUCUGGUGGUAUUCACAUUGGACAUUACAAGAUUACACGCAUGUAUGCCGAUUUCCUGGGAUAACUUCACAGUUGCCUUUGCCAUGUUGGCCACUCUCAUGUACAUCACUGCCUCUGUGGUCUAUCCAGUUUACUUCAUUGAAAACGAGUGUGAAAAUGAGAGUUGCGAAAGCCUGUACUACCGAAUUGCAGUUACAGUUUGCUCCUGUAUCUGCUGCUUUCCUUAUGGUGUUGAGGUGUUUCUGACACGAGCUAAGCCCGGAGCUGUGGUAGGUUACAUGGCCACUGUUUCAGGGUUACUAAAGGUAGUCCAAGCCUUUGUGGCCUGUAUUAUUUUUGGAGCCCUGGCUCAUGACAGUGAGUACACACUCCACAUCGCCACUGAGUACUGUGUGGUCGUGUACAGCCUGUGCUUCACAGUCACUGUAGUAGUGAUCAUACUGACUGUUUCAGGCAGGACGUCCUCCCUGCGCUUCCCCUUUGAUCGCUUUGUAGUCAUAUACACCUUCUUUGCUGUUAUCCUGUACCUCAGUACAGCACUUGCUUGGCCAAUCUUCAGCUUUGAUAAGAAGUAUGGUACCACCAAUCGCCCAGAGGACUGCCCACGAGGAAACUGUCCCUGGGACAGUAAGCUUGUGGUGGCAGUGUUUACAAAUGUUAACAUGAUUUUGUACUUUGUUGAUCUCAUUUACUCCCAAAGGAUUCGCUUUGUCUCAGCCUCAGGAUCAGCUGCGUGAAACACUCAGCAACUCAGUUCAAAAGCAAAGAAGAAGAAAA